GUUUGUUGUGUAUCUGUCAAAAGAAUUAAAAAAAAAUUAUUUAGUUGAUUGUGUUGAGGAAAAAAAAGGAAGUAAAAAAUAAGAAUUAAAAAGAAAAAAGAGAGAAGAAAAAUUUGCAUUUCAUUUUUAAAUUAAAUUAAAAUUUCUACCAAAAAAGAAAACCGAAUAAAAUUAAAUUUCUAAUAAAAGUUAAAAUUUUUCUAAAUUAAAACAACUUUAUUGGAAAAAGGAAGAACGAAAAAUACACAUCCAUAUUUAAUAAAUAGUCAACACUUGUCCGAGGAUCUGAUAAACAAGUAGUAUCAGAAUUUAUCAAAAAUAUUACAUAUUGAAGAAAAAAGGAAUUUUUUAAUUUAUUUAUGUCCUGAUAUUAUUUCAUGGUUUUAUUCUAUUUUUGUUAAAACUUACAAUACUUUUUGUAUAAUAGUUUAAAAAAAUUUGUAAUUUUUAUUUAAUUAAGAAAAAACCUAAAAUUUUAGUAAACAAGAAGUUAAAAAAAAAGAGUUGCUAGAAUACUGAUAAGCAAAUAAAAGCCCUUACAAUUUUUAUUUUCUAUGCUCCGUUAUUUUUGUUAUCACCAUAAUAUUAUUUAACAAAAAGCAAGCAUUUUUAAUAAAAUAAAAUUUUAUAGAUGUAAGAACAAUUUCCAAAAAAAAAAUAAUAAGCCGCUAAAAUACAUUUUUUUUCUAAAUAAGCCCUAGAAAUUAAAAACAAAUCAUAACUAUUCAAAAAAGAAUUAUAUAUUAGAAUUAUAAUUGAUUUGCAUGCAUAAAUCCGCUAAAAUUGUAAAAGCAAAAGAUAAAUCAUAAUUAAGUAUACUUAAACAUAUAAAGAUAUAUAUAUAUAAAUAUAAAACUUUGUGUGUAUAAUAAAAACCAUGGCAGCUUUACCUCGACGAAUAAUCAAAGAAACUCAACGUUUACUUCAAGAGCCAGUUCCAGGUAUAUCAGCUGUACCAGAUGAUGCAAAUGCUAGAUAUUUUCAUGUUAUUGUAACUGGACCAGAAGAUUCACCAUUUGAAGGCGGUUUAUUUAAAUUGGAAUUAUUUUUACCAGAAGACUAUCCAAUGUCAGCACCAAAAGUUAGAUUUAUAACAAAAAUCUAUCAUCCAAAUAUUGAUCGUUUAGGUAGAAUAUGUUUAGAUAUAUUAAAAGAUAAAUGGAGUCCAGCAUUACAAAUACGUACAGUAUUGCUAUCGAUUCAAGCCUUGUUAAGUGCCCCAAAUCCAGAUGAUCCAUUAGCAAAUGAUGUUGCUGAAUUAUGGAAAGUUAAUGAGGCAGAAGCAAUACGAAAUGCUAGAGAAUGGACUCAACGGUAUGCAAUGCCAUAAAAAAAAUAAUUACCAAUUUUUAAUAUUUUAAUAUUAUUAAUAAUUAUCGUUAUGGAAUAUAUAUAUUUUACUAUAUAUAUAUAUAUAUAUAUAUAUAUAU